CCUGUAGCGCAGAGCAAAAUAUAGGCGAAAGCUCAUAUAACGAGGGUAACGGGGAAAAAGAAAAUAUGGUCACAGUAACGCCAGUCGUGCACAAAUUGAUAAGCUAUGUCCCAUUUGUGUUCGUUUUGCUCGAUCUUCGAUAUGAAGGGGUGAUAUGCGGAAAAGAUAACAGCGUUGAGAACCACCUGGAGAUGGGAAAGAAGCUUCUCGCUGCCGGACAGCUGGCCGACGCGCUUUCGCAUUUCCACGCAGCUGUGGACGGAGACCCCAAGAGCUACGUGGCUUACUAUAGGAGAGCCACGGUCUACUUGGCCAUGGGAAAAUCAAAAUCCGCGCUACCCGAUCUCACCAAAGUUAUCGAACUUAAGCCCGAUUUCACGUCGGCAAGACUUCAAAGAGGGAACCUACUUCUGAAGCAGGGGAGGCUGGAUGAGGCGGAGGGUGAUUUCAAGAAAGUGCUGAAGUCCAGUCCCAGCAGCAGAGAGGAGCAGGAAGCCCAGAGCCAGCUGAAGAAAUCAGACGAAAUCCAAAGGCUGGUGACGCAGGCCCGUAGUGAUUUUGGCCAUGAGGACUACAGCUCAGCAGCAUCGCACCUAGACACCAUCAUCGACACGUGCGUGUGGGACGUGGACUCCCGGGAGCUGCGGGCUGAGUGCUUCAUUCAGAUGAGGGAGAUGGGCAAAGCCAUCAGCGACCUCAAAGCUGCCUCCAAGUUGAGGAAUGACAACACUCAGGCCUUCUACAAGCUCAGCACCAUCUAUUAUAACCUAGGAGACCACGAGAUGUCCCUCAGCGAGGUGCGAGAGUGUCUGAAGCUGGACCCCGACCACAAGCAGUGCUUCAGCCACUACAAGCAGGUGAAGAAGCUCAACAAGCAGAUCAUGUCGGCAGAGGAGCUAAUCCAGCAGCAGAGGUAUGGCGAUGCAGUGAGUAAAUACGAGGCUGUUAUGAAGACGGAACCAGACGUGCCCCAGUACACAUUCCUUGCCAAAGAGCGCAUUUGCCACUGUCUUUCUAAGGAUCAGCAGGGUGCUAAAGCUAUCCCAGUGUGCAGUGAGGUACUGCAGUCAGACCCGCAGAACGGGAAUGUCCUGAAGGACCGGGCGGAAGCCUACCUCCAAGAUGAGCAGUAUGAAGAAGCCAUUAAGGGCUUUGAGAGUGCCAAAGAGUUCAGCGAGAACGACCGGGAGGUGAUUGAGGGCUUGGAGAGAGCCCAGCGUCUCCUCAAACAGUCCCAGAAGAGAGACUACUACAAGAUCCUUGGCGUGAAGAGGACAGCCCAGAAGAAGGAAAUCAUCAAAGCCUACAGGAAGCUGGCUCAGCAGUGGCACCCAGACAAUUUCCAGGACCCUGAAGACAAGAAGAAGGCAGAAAAGAAAUUCAUAGACAUUGCACAGGCCAAGGAAGUGCUCACUGACCCAGAGAUGAGGAGCAAAUUCGACCAGGGCGAGGACCCUCUGGAUCCGGAGAGCCAGCAGGGAGGUGGUCACCACCACUUCCAUGGAGCCUGGGAGAGCUUCCAGGGCUUUAACCCGUUCGGCUCUGGACCCUUCAGCUUCAAAUUCAACUUCAAUUGAGCCCAGCCUGGAGGAGGGCAGGUCGGCCUGGCCCGAACCGGACACGUGUUCGGGUGCCAGUUCCCUCUGGUGACGCUAAUUGACACUAAAUGUCACUGUGGCUACAGCUACUGCUGUGGCAUUGAGAUGUGUCCCACGCUGUUACAGUCAUCUAUCCUGGGGUGGAUGGAUAGCCCCCCCAUCCGUAUUAUUUACAUCCGUCAGCGGUGUUAUUUAAAGCGACUCCUUUUUUUGCCUUCUUCAGGGAUCUUAUGAUUGUGGGGUUCAUUCCAAAGCAACCACUACGCACAUGUGGUGACCUUUGAUCCAUUCCUGAGACCAUCUUGUACAUAUAAUAUGGCACUAUUUUUCUAUAAAUUAAGCAAUGCUGCCUUGUAAAUACAGAAAUAAAGAGAUGAUUGUCUAUUUAAUUAA